GCUAGCUGGUAAUAGUAAUAUGUUCAAGUAUCAUUUGGUAACCGUAAUUUUAGCCUGGACUUCGUGGGUGGCUUUUGCUAAGAAUACGGACACCCAGCAAAGCCAGUCUGUGAGGACCAAUCCGCUGUUAGUUGAUCAUGUGGCUAUAAAUCAGCAGCAAUGGUUCACAUACAAUGCGCUGAAGGAAAGUGAAAUUCAACAGAAACUCGAGAUAUUCGAGAGGACGAUUGAAGGACGAUUGAUGGUCCUGCAAAACAAGUUGAGAUACGAGCUGAAUGAGCUCCAGACCAUAAUAGGAAACAAGAGCAAGGAGGUUGUGGCGAUACCACGAAUAUCGCCCUGGAUCGACCCGGAUAAGUUUCAGGAAAUCGGCACACGGCGCUUCUACUUUGAGCGGCACAAGAAACAGAAUUGGUUUGGUGCCUCACUCACGUGCCGCAAAUUGGGCGGCCACCUGGCCACCAUCCACGAUGAGAAAGAGCUGAAUGAUGUAUUCUCAAGGGCGCCGGCCUCUGCCUAUUGGAUAGAUAUUAAUAGUUUAUAUAAGUUCGGCCAGCUCACUUCAACACUCACUGGCAGAGAGCCACCCUUCCUAAAAUGGAACACUGAAAAAAAGAUCGGUGGCGAUCGCUGUGUUACUGUGUACGCCAGGAAAAUGUACACUGAAGAUUGUUUUAGUAAGUAUAUGUUCGUAUGUCAGACCGAGCAGUGGGUUGACGCGAAUGAAUAAACAUAAUUCAAGCAAGCUAUUUUCAUUUCGCAUCUAUGCAUUUUACCGCCAGCCUUUAAUAAACCUAUGAGCAAUUA